AUGUCAGUAGUGAACAAGCUCGAUGGGCUGUUGAGCAGCGCGCAAGAGGAGUUGAAAGAGCUUUCGAGCUCACGCACGAGUGCGAAUCAAGAGGCAGAUCUCCUUGACUCUAGAAAGUCUGAAUUAGCCACCGAGAGAGCGCGGCUUCUGCGGCUCAUUGCCGAGACUAAGCGCCAACUUGCCAACAAGCAGACUGAAUGUAACCAGAUCGAAAAAGAUAUCGCCAAGGCCAGAACGGACUUGAAGCGUUUGAAAGUGUCUUGCGAUACAACCCGCACCAAGUACAGCCAGGAUCUAAACAAGGCAUACCGUAAACACCGGCCCAGAUUUGAUCCUCGGCUGCCGGUGCUUGAUGGCCCAAGCGAGCCGGCACUGACGUAUUCAACGAGCGUUCCGGAAUUAAGCCAAGCCAUUGAGCACAUCUGCUGUAUGAUUCAACCCGGCCUCCGCCGCCAUGUCAACGGUGUUCGGAAAAUCCCCGAUCUGGCCUGCCUACAAGCCCAAAUCGCGCAAAUUGUGAAUAUAUUUAGAAACUACGAAAUUGUUUCGGUAGAUACCGACUGUGCAAAAAAGCUCGAUCUGGCGCCAUUAGAGAUCGACCACCGCCUGUGGUCAGAGAUCGUGGAGCAAACUAGCUCUUUGGCGAUUCAGCCUCCUCCCGAGCCUUCUUAG